ACCUUAUCUUUACAAGGAUCGUAGAAGUAAAACACAAUGCUAUGAAAUUUAUUCUUACUUGAGAUGCUCUUCAGUCAUUGUUAUAUCUACUAGCAUCACCAUAUCCAUUAGCGGUUUGUAAACGUGAGAGAGGAACUUUACAACAGGAAUGGAGACAGCUUCAGAUGACUACGGGGCAUUCAUGGAGAAAUUCACUUUACCACCAAAUUCUGCUCCUGAUGUACCCCUCAAUUCACUCACCUUCGCUAUCAAAGAUAUAUUUGACGUGGAAGGAUAUGUGACCGGCUUCGGAAACCCUGACUGGGCAAGGACACAUCCCGUGGCCACUUCUACUGCUCCAACAGUUUUGGCUCUACUCGGAGCAGGUGCCACUUGUGUCGGUAAAACUGUCAUGGAUGAAAUGGCUUACAGUAUAAACGGGGAGAAUAUACAUUAUGGCACGCCUAGAAAUCCUUGUGCAGCAGACCGGGUUCCUGGAGGAUCCUCUAGUGGUUCUGCCGUUGCAGUUGGUGCAAAGCUUGUUGAUUUCUCAUUAGGAACUGAUACCGGAGGAAGUGUAAGAGUGCCCGCAUCAUAUUGUGGGAUUUUUGGUUUUCGUCCUUCUCAUGGUGUUAUUCCAGUAUCAGGAGUUAUCCCUAUGGCACAAAGUUUUGACACUGUGGGAUGGUUUGCCAGGGAUCCAAUGCUUUUGAGCAAAGUAGGCGGUGUAAUUCUACAAUUGCCAGAUGUAGCACCAGCUAGACCUUCUUGCUUCAUCAUUGCAGAGGACUGUUUCCAGCUUUCAUUCAUUCCAUAUGAUGUAGCUACACAAACUGUCGUGAAAGCAAUAGAGAAGUUUUAUGGAGGGGAUGUAAUAAAGCAGGAAAUCCUUGGAGACUAUGUGAAGACCAAUGUUCCAAGUUUGAAACAUUUCAUGAGUGAAGAGAAUACAGACCAAAUAUUUAACAUUCCAUCACUGUCUGCAGUUUCAAGUGCCAUGCGGUUACUUCAAAGCUAUGAGUUCAAGAAUAACCAUGGUGAAUGGAUCACAGCGGUCAACCCAGAUUUAGGUCCUGGAAUCUCAGAACGUGUAUCAGAUGCCCUAAAGACAACAGGGGAGAACAUUGAUACCUGUUAUUCAGUAAAAAGAGAACUGCACGAUGCCCUUGCGGCUCUUCUUGGGGAUUUUGGUGUUCUCAUGAUCCCCACAGUUCCAGGGCCUCCCCCAAAACUCCAAACAAAUGCGUCUGAAUUAGAAAUCUUUCGUGCAAGGGCUUUUAGCCUGCUGUCCAUUGCUGGAGUAUCUGGAUUUUGCCAGGUAAGCAUACCACUAGGGAUGUAUAAUGAUCUUCCCCUAUCAAUUUCUCUGGUGGCCAGACAUGGUGCAGAUAAAUUUUUGCUUCACCUUGUUGAGAAUCUUUAUCCUAGCAUCAAAGAACAGAAAGCUGCAUAACAGAGAGCAUCAGUUACUGAUAUAGAUAUGCUUUGAGUAUGCAUACUAAUGUCAAAGCUGGAAUGUAAGGAGGGAAACUGCGUAAAGGAAAUUCAUGCUUAUCAGAGUCUUGUUUCUUUCGGAUGUUAUUAAGUUCAAUCAUUCCUUAAGUCAGUCUUGUUUCUUUCGGAUGUUAUUAAGUUCAAUCAUUCCUUAAGUCAUACCAGUCUGCUUAUGCUGCUUGGCUAUGAAAGCAAAUUGAAAUUGAUUGUAGUACCUCAAUAGUACUAUACUAUAUUAUGUUAACAAAUAAUUAGUUGUUGAUGCAUUUGAUA